GCCACGUUGAUGGAGACCAGUGGAGACGUGGAAUUCUCCCUGUGCAACCGGGAUAGCCGCUAACUCUGAUCAGGCAUCUUAGACAACCACGAAAGGCAAACAUUAGGUUGCCGAUUAAAGUUUUAAACCCGUUUUGAGGCGGCUUGGAUGAGUUUGUGCAUGCUUGUGAGCAGUGCCAAGACGGAAGGAUGAAGCUAAAAGAGAUAAACCGCACAGCCAUCCAGGCUUGGAGCCCAGCUCAGCACCACCCGAUUUACCUGGCUGCAGGAACUUCUGCUCAGCAGCUUGAUGCUACGUUUAGCACCAAUGCCUCGUUGGAGAUCUUCGAACUGGACCUGGCUGAGCCUGCUUUGGCCAUGAAGUCAUGUGGUGCUUUCUCCUCACCCCACAGAUACCACAAGCUGGUUUGGGGACCCCAUGGCAUCAAUGAUCAGGACCUGCCCUCUGGUAUGCUCAUAGCUGGAGGAGAGACCGGGAACAUAAUUCUCUAUGAUCCCUCCAAGAUCAUUGCUGGUGACAGUGACGUGGUCAUCACUCAGAGUGAUAAACACACCGGGCCUGUACGAGCGCUGGAUGUCAACUCCUUUCAGACAAACCUGGUCGCGUCUGGAGGUAAUGAGUCCGAGAUCUACAUCUGGGAUUUGAACAGCUUCAGUACCCCAAUGACUCCAGGACCGAAGUCACAGCCUCUGGAGGAUAUUAGUUGCGUAGCAUGGAACUGCCAGGUGCAGCACAUCCUCGCCUCAGCCAGCCCCAGCGGCAGAGCCUCCAUCUGGGACCUGAGGAAAAAUGAUCUCAUUAUCAAAGUCAGCGACCACAGCAACAGGAUGCAUUGCUCCGGUCUGGCGUGGAACCCAGAUGUUGCCACUCAGCUGAUUUUAGCCUCUGAAGAUGACCGAAUGCCUGUCAUCCAAAUGUGGGAUCUGCGCUUUGCCACCUCUCCUCUCAAAGUCCUUGAGAACCACACGAGGGGUGUUCUGGCUAUUGCUUGGAGUUUAGCCGACCCUGAGUUGCUGCUGAGUUGUGGUAAAGAUAACCGAAUCCUCUGCUGGAACCCCAACACUUCUGAGGUCCUGUAUGAGCUCCCGAGCACUCAAUGGUGCUUCGACAUCCAGUGGUGCCCCAGGAAUCCAGCUGUUCUGUCCGCUGCUUCUUUCGAUGGCCAUAUCAGCAUCUACUCAAUCAUGGGAGGCAAUAAUGAUGCUGUAAACAGUGCCCAGGCUGAUCAGAUAAGUUCUUCAUUUGCCAACAUGGAUCCCUUUGGCACAGGCCAAACGUUGCCCCCGCUACAGCUGCCUCAGUCCACCAGUGCGAACAGCACCGUCACACCACUGAAGAAACCACCCAAAUGGAUCAGUAGACCAGUGGGGGCUUCCUUCGCUUUUGGUGGUAAACUUGUCUCAUUGGAAAACGUCAAAGCAACGCCUCAGCAGCCCAUGGCCCACGUCGUCCACGUUAGCCAGGUUGUCACUGAUACAGAGUUUUUGGAUCGCUCAAACCAACUUCAGGCCACUCUCACUGCUGGAAGCUUUGUGGAAUUUUGCCAGAGAAAGAUCGAAGCGACACAGAACGAGUUUGAGAAGACUAUUUGGGCUUUCCUGAAGGUCCACUUUGAAGAUGAUGCCCGGGGCAAAUACUUGGAACUUCUGGGAUACAAGAAGGAGGAGUUGGCACUUAAGAUUGCUUCAGCAUUGGAAAAGAAAGACCUCAAGUCCGAUGAAGGCAACGAGGUAAGUUCCUCCACUUGUGUACUCGACCCUGAUUGCGGUCCUACACCCGGACUAGAUAUCGUUCCAUUCCCCAAGCUUGACCUCUCUGCUUUUGCUCCUCUCAGACAUUCUGAAAUUCUACAUGGCGAACCUGUAUACCACCCAUUGGUUGAGCUUGGUGUGCAGGUUCUGAAUAAACCAUUGCUUGAUCUCAUGCCUGGUGCCACUGUCAAUCACGUUCCUGACCUCAAAGCCAAACCCGAGACUUCCCUUCCAUCUGUCUCUCUUGUUGAUUUCACCCCACUGUCUGACCUCAUCCCACCAUCUGAUCUUGUAUCUGCUUUCGUGCCAACAUACCCUGUCGAAUCAUCUCCUGAUAUCACCCAGCAGGUUGACCAGUUUAUUUCUGAAGCCCAGCCACACCUGGUGCCCCUAAUUGCACCUUCUGGUGCGUUCUGUGAGCCAGAAUAUGAUAUGGUUUCUCUAGAUCAAGAGGCUUUAACUCCCUCUGCGCCUGCCCUGGCUCCACAAGGGUCUGAGAGAGGUUUCCCGGUAGUCGAACUUGAGCUGACAGGACCAGCUUUAGAUCAAAGUUGUGAUCCUGGAUCAGAAGUAGUUCCACCAUGCAUCGAUGACCUCUUUGCAUCAGCAACAGUUCUAGACCCGAUCAUUGACCAACCACAGUCUACACCGUUAAUUACAAUUGCUGAUUCGGCAGAACCAGUGUUGGCACGUCCUGUUGAUCAGCAACGGUCUCGUUCCUCUCCUGACCUCACAGAUGAGGCUGGCCUUCAGUUAGAAUUUGCAACUCUAGCAUCCCUCCAGCAUGUAUCAAACUUUUUACCUCAGCUUGACCCACAGCCUGUUCCCAUGUUUCCACCACCCGUUAUGUCACAGCAACCCGAAGUCGGCUUGAAUCCAGCAGACGCGUUAGACGUUGCACCUCAGACGGACUUCAGUCUUCCUGUUAACGGUCAGCCAGAAUCUGAGCUGGAUCUGAGUACUAUACCAUUGGCUGAAGAGGAAUCCAAGCAUGUGGCCCAAGCCGCCAAUACAAGUAAAGACGAGCCAUCUCUGCCGGAGGAGGUGGAAGAGAAUGGAGACCUUACAGCAGAAGAUGCCUGUGCAGCUGAGGAGAGCCCAGAGCUUGCAGAGAAACCUGUUCAGCAGAUCCCAUCGAACGUCAAAGUUAACCAAGAUGUAGAUGGACUGAUCACCCAAGCGCUUCUCAUUGGGGACUUUGAGGCUGCUGUCAACCUUUGUCUCCACGAUGACCGGAUGGCAGAUGCAAUCGUCCUAGCCAUCGCGGGUGGACCAGAUCUUCUUGAAAAGACCCAGAAGAAAUACUUGACCAGAACACAAAGCAAAAUUGGCAAGAUCAUCAGUGCUGUGGUUAUGAGGGACUGGUUGAAUGUACUCGAGACGUGUGAUGUUCAGAACUGGAAGGAGACUUUGGCUGCAGUCAUGACGUAUGCCAAACCUGAGGAGUUUUCCUCCCUGUGUGGGCUGCUGGGCUCAAGGCUGGAGGCUGCUGAAGACUCUGCUCUACAGGCACAGGCCUGUCUCUGUUACAUCUGUGCUGGUAGUGUAGAGCAGCUGGUGUCUUGCUGGUCCAAAGCACAAGAUUCUAGCAGCCCUCUGUCACUGCAGGACCUGGUGGAAAAAGUGGUGAUACUGCGGCAGGCUGUGGAGAAGACUCAGGGUGGAGUGGCCCCUGUUGUAGGCACUCUGUUAGCAGAAAAGAUGAGUCAGUAUGCCAACCUGCUGGCCUCCCAAGGCAGCCUGCAAACCGCCAUUUCCUACCUGCCCACCAACACGGAUCAGGUUGCAGUGCAGCAAUUGCGGGAGCGCCUGAGCAGAGCGCUAGGUCAGCACGGAGCAGCACCUGUACAAAACAGACAUCCAGCGGCUCCUGCUGCUGUGCCUCGACAAGCCUUCACACCAAUCCAACCUCAAACUCAACCACUGCCUCCUCAGCCCACUCCUGCUGCUCCUACACACCAGUAUUACCAGCAGGUUAGGGCUGCCUCUACUGUCACUUCCUGGAGUAACCAAACCCCAACCUUUCUGCCCAGUGCCCCUCAUCCGCUAGCCCCAGCCAAAGACCUGCAGGCUGAGCCCAAACCAGCAGCUUUCCCUGUGCAGGCACCAGUGAGCGCAGGUCCUGCUGCCUCCAGUGCAGUCAUGUACCCGCAGCAGUAUCCGAGCUACCCCCAGGUCCAGCUGUUCACACCUGGUGCUGGGGGACCAGCAAUCUAUCAGCCUGUCCAGUACCCGUCCUCUACAUCUGCUCCUCUUCCUCCUCCACCUUCAUCUUCUGCUCCUGCUCCUUUCUACCCCUCUCGGUUCAUGCCUCCUGCCUCGUCUCAGGCUGCACCGCCGGCCUUCCCCAGACCUCCUUUCUCUGCAAGCCAGCAGGCUCCUACUGCACCCCCUCUCUCCUCCACCUCUCCCUCCUCCUUCUCUCCGCCUCCUUUCUCCUCGGGAGUCUCGUUCCAGCACGGCGGGCCGGGUUCUCCCACUGCCUUCCUCCCACCUCCACCAACCGGAGCCUCAGGUACUCAGGCUGAGCCCGACAUGAUCGCAGCCUCCCAGAGAACAGGCAUAAUUACCCAAGAUGAAACCUGGGGUUUGGAAGGGCCCCAGAACGGCUGGAAUGAUCCUCCCGCUCUCAGCCGAGCAUCCAAAAAGAAGAAGGUCCCAGAAAACUACACUCCUCCUGCUCCAAUCACCGCGCCCAUCAUGGCUCCUUUGGGAGAGCCGCAGCCUGUAGCCACCAUGCAGCCUUCUCUUCAGCCACAACAGCUUCCUCCACAGCCAGCUGGUGUUCCUGCUCCCUUCAACCCCAUCCAACAGCAGCCAGUGGCUCCUUCACUCAGAAACCCUGCUAUACCCAGCAUGCCUGUGGAGGGGCCUCCAGGGGCACCCACUGGGGAUGUCAUACAGCCAAUGCAGUCCCUCCCGACUGAGAAGAUCAUGAAGAAGCCCAUCCCAGAUGAGCACCUCAUUCUCAAGACGACGUUCGAGGGCCUGAUCCAGAAGUGCUUGGCUGCUGCUACAGACCCUCAAACCAAGAGGAAGCUGGAUGAUGCUAACAAGAGACUAGAGUCCCUUUAUGACAAACUGAGAGAGCAAACUCUUUCUCCAGCCAUCGUGGGCGGCCUGCACAACAUGGCUCGGAGCAUCGAGUCCCGCGCCUAUACCGACAGCCUGAACAUCCACACGCACAUCGUCAGUAACAGUAACUUCAGCGAGACCUCCGCCUUCAUGCCAGUCUUGAAGGUGGUGCUAACGCAGGCUAAUAAGCUCGGUGUCUGAUGUCACGCAUCCUCAAUUCUCACCAGUAUUCCCGCAACUCCAACACAAGCCAUCAGUCAAUAAGGACCAACUUGGAUUGACAUGCUUCGCCAGUCUUAAAUCUGGAAUAGGGCAUUCCAGUUUACAGGCUUUAUUUACUGUUUUUUUCUUUUUCCUUGUAUGUGUUUUGUUGCCAUUAUUUCAUAUGUGUAAUUGUGGCAGAGCAGAGUGCAAUGUGGGUGUGUCCGUGUCCCCUCCCCCUCCACCCCUUGGUCAGUGCAUGUUUUUUGGAAACUCAUGGGAUUCUCAGCCUGGAGAAAUCAAUCACGUCAUAUAGGAUUUGUCAGAUAUUCAUUAUUAUGAAAUUGUACUCUGGCUUAUCAUUUUUAGAUUUUUUUUUUUUCCCCCUUCAAGUUUUUGUCAGUAAGAAUUUUAGGUCGUUGCUUUUGUGCUAAUUAGAAGCCUUGCCAUUUCAGUGAUGUUCAAUGCAAUAUCCUUGCAAAAAAAAAAAUGUAAUUGCAUUUUAUCCGUUUACCAAGAUCUACAUACAGUCUUGGUAACAAGGAAAUAUUUUCAAUAAAUGUUAUUUAUUUAAAUCUUUUAAGAUUUGAGUUAAUCCGUAACUAUACAGCACUAGCAAACCAAGACUGCCUAGUUAUAUGGCUGUCUAGUUUUACUUACUUCUGUAGUAAUUUGAAAACUAAUGCCGGUUAAAUGUCUGAAAUGCUUUUGAAGUAUCACGGCUGCCUUCUGCAGAAAUGACUGAAUGAACGUGGUCGGCUCACUGUAGUUCUUCUUUUACACCAGGAAUUUUGUUUGAAAGGAAAGAACAUUUUUAGUGCUCCAUCUCGCCUACCAUUCACGAUAGUUUGACAUUUAUAUCAUCUACUCUCCGAUAGCAUGGUAUUCUCGACGCACUGCUGGUUUAAACACGAAGGAGGACGUGACCGAGAAAACUAGCCACUGGUAACAUCAAUGUAAUCAUUCUCACCACUCCUGUUUAAACCCUUCUUUUGUAUACGAAUUCUGUACCCUAUAAUUUUAGGGGGAAUCAAUGCACAAUGUUUCAAUGACCAUUGUAAACAAAUUGGAGGAGGGUGUUGCGUUUUAAUGAAGUGGUCAAAUAAAGUGCUCGAUAUUUCUCA